AAGUGCUCCAGUUUUGUCAUGCUAUUGAUAUACUAGCAGCUGAGAGAACAAGGGAGAGCGUGGAGGGAGCGCAGCUUCGGGUUUUAAGAAGGGAAACCUCAAGACUCCUUAGAUAUGGCUUUCAACAGCACAUUGACCUCAAGAGCUGUUCUGCUCUAUGAUGAGUGGAUUAAGGAAGGAGAUCCACGGACGGAGAACUGGCUGCUUAUGGCCACUCCAUUUCCUCAAACGUUCAUCGUCAGUGCUUACAUCUACUUUGUGACGUUUCUGGGGCCUCGGCUGAUGGAAAACCGCAAGCCCUUCGACCUCAAGCGUCCAAUGGUUAUCUAUAACUUCAGCAUUGUUGCGUUCUCCAUCUACUUGAUUUACGAGUUUCUCAUGUCAGGCUGGGCGACCGGCUACACCUUUAGGUGUGACCUCGUGGAUUAUAGCAGUUCUCCUCAGGCUCUCAGGAUGGCAUGGACCUGCUGGCUGUACUAUUUCUCCAAGUUCAUUGAGAUGCUUGACACUAUUUUCUUUGUCCUGAGGAAAAAGAACAGUCAGGUUACUUUCCUUCAUGUAUUCCAUCACUCCAUCAUGCCCUUCACCUGGUGGUUUGGAGUCAGAUUCGCCGCAGGUGGUCUGGGAACCUUCCAUGCUCUGCUGAACUGCAUCGUUCAUGUCAUAAUGUACACCUACUAUGCUCUCUCCGCGCUGGGACCCGCCUAUCAGAAGUACCUGUGGUGGAAAAAGUAUAUGACCACCAUCCAGCUGGUUCAGUUUGUGCUGGUCACUGUUCACAUUGGCCAGUACUUCUUCCUGAAGGACUGCCCUUACCAGUUUCCUGUGUUUGUCUACAUCAUCGGUUCAUAUGGGCUGAUCUUCCUGGUCCUGUUCCUCAACUUCUACUAUCACGCCUACACCAAGGGCAAGAGGCUACCCAAGGUUUUUCAGAAUGGAAACUACCUUCACAAGAAAUCAGAGUGAUCUUUCCAUUGGCCACCAAAACAUGAAGCGCUAACAUAUUAAGUGGGAAUAUUCCUUUUUAUCUCAUCCGUUCAAUUUCCACUUCCCUGUUUUAUGUUAAAACUGAUGUGGAAUGCACCCACCUUAUCACUGGAUUUAAGACGUCCGAAAAUUGCACACUGGUGUUUCACUAGAGAUGCUGUCCUCCAUUUGUCGUCUUCACUUAAGGCUUUGAAAAGAGUAUGGGGUUGGAAGUACAGUGUUUUUGUUCUAAUGUGCAUUAAUUUACUUGUAAAUAUUGAAUUUUUCAGCUUUGGAAUAUGAUUGAACUGCUGGCCAAAUCUGAAAAGAGGUUAUGAGAGCA